CCGCUCUUUUAAACUCAACUGAACUUUUUAACUAACCUAAAAGUGUUUUGUAUAAAAUUUCUAUAUUUUCGUGAUAUAUUGUAUAAAAAAAUGGAAGGUUUUGAUGAUCCCGGAAUUUUUUACAGCGAUAAUUUCGCUCCGGAUAUUAACCAAGGAAACAAUCAAGCCAUCAAUUUACAAGGAAUUAAAAGAAAAUUUAAAGAAUUCCUGAGACAGUACCACAGCAAUAACUUUAAUUUCAAAUAUAGAGAUACCUUAAAAAGAAAUUAUAAUCUCCAAAAUUAUUACUUAGAAGUAAAUAUAGAAGAUUUGGGAAGUUUUGAUGAAACAUUAGCCGAUAAACUAUUAAAACAACCCACAGAACAUUUGGCUAUUUUUGAAGAAGCAGCAAAAGAAGUUGCUGAUGAACUCACAGUUCCAAGACCUGAGGGUGAAGAAACAGUUCAAGAUAUACAAAUUAUGAUCAGUUCGGAUGCUAACCCAUCAAAUUUAAGGGCAAUGAAAUCUGAUGUUGUUUCAAAAUUAGUAAAAAUACCUGGAAUUAUAAUCUCAGCUUCUGGAAUAAAAGCCAAGGCAACAAAAAUUGCUAUUCAAUGCCGUUCCUGUGCAAAUAUCAUCCCAAAUCUGGCGUUAAAACCUGGUUUGGAAGGCUAUGUUAUGCCUAGAAAAUGUAACACCGAACAGCAAGCUGGACAACCUAAAUGUCCAUUAGAUCCUUACUUCAUCAUUCCAGAUAAAUGUAAAUGUGUUGAUUUUCAAGUGUUAAAACUUCAAGAAUUACCUGAUGGGAUCCCUCAAGGUGAAAUCCCCAGGCACCUAUCACUUUAUUGUGAUAGAUAUCUUUGCGAACGAGUUGUACCUGGAAACAGGGUUUUUAUACUUGGUAUUUAUUCAAUUAAAAAAGUUGGGAGGCCAUCUAAGAGAGAUGGGCGUGAAAAAGCUAUUACUGGAGUAAGAAUCCCAUAUAUGAGAGUUGUAGGUAUUCAAGUUGAUCAUGAUGGGUUAGGAAGUGCAAGUUUAGGUGCUGUUACUGCAGAAGAAGAAGAUCUCUUCCGCCGAAUGGCAGCACUUCCAAAUAUUUAUGAAAGAUUGGCGAAUAGUAUAGCACCAUCUAUUUAUGGAGCUGUUGAUAUUAAAAAAGCUAUAGCUUGUUUACUUUUUGGCGGUUCCCGUAAAAGAUUACCUGAUGGUUUAACUCGUCGUGGUGACAUAAACGUUCUUCUUUUGGGUGACCCUGGUACCGCAAAGUCACAGUUGCUAAAAUUCGUUGAAAAAGUCGCUCCAAUAGCCGUUUAUACAUCGGGGAAAGGAAGUUCAGCCGCGGGUUUGACAGCUGCUGUUAUGAGAGAUCCAGCAACGAGAAAUUUCGUUAUGGAAGGUGGAGCUAUGGUUUUGGCGGACGGCGGAGUUGUUUGUAUCGAUGAAUUUGAUAAAAUGCGUGAAGACGAUCGUGUCGCGAUUCAUGAAGCGAUGGAACAACAAACCAUUUCUAUUGCAAAAGCUGGAAUUACCACGACUUUAAAUUCGAGAUGUAGCGUUUUGGCGGCUGCUAAUAGUAUUUUUGGUCGAUGGGAUGAAACAAAGGGUGAAGAAAACAUCGAUUUUCUGCCAACAAUUCUGUCUCGUUUCGAUAUGAUUUUUAUCGUUAAAGACGAACAUGAUCAACGAAGAGAUAUGACAUUGGCUCGUCAUAUCAUGAGCGUUCACAUCAACGCUUCUGGGCAUAUGAAUCAAGAACAACCUAAAGAAGGCGAGAUUAGUUUGGAUUUGUUUAAAAAGUACAUCAAUUAUUGUCGAACUCGUUGUGGACCUCGUUUAAGUGCGGAUGCUGGUGAUAAAUUAAAGAGACGCUAUGUAAUAAUGCGAAGUGGAGCUUUCCAACAUGAAAAAGAAGCCGACAAGAAAAGCGCAAUUCCAAUUACCGUGCGUCAAUUGGAGGCGGUCGUUCGAAUGUCGGAAAGUUUAGCAAAAAUGCAACUUUUGCCUUUUGCAACUGAUGCUCACAUUGAUGAAGCUUUGAGAUUGUUUCAAGUUUCCACUCUCGAUGCCGCAAUGAGUGGAAACCUAAGUGGUGCUGAAGGAUUUACAACAGAAGAGGAACAUGAAGUGUUAGCGAGAAUUGAAAAACAAUUAAAAAGAAGAUUUGCGAUUGGAACUCAAGUUUCGCAACAGAAUAUUAUUCAAGAUUUCGUUCAACAACAAUAUCCUGAACAAGCAAUUAUUAAAGUUAUUUAUGCUAUGAUAAGAAGGGGUCAAUUACAGCAUCGAAUGCAAAGAAAA